GCUGUGGAGCAUACACCAAAAAGAACAAUGAAGGACUAUUCUGCAAAUUCCACAGAACAGAACCUCUUCAAUCCUGAAUCUGGAAGCAAGGGCUGUGAUGAUACUUCUUUCCAGCAUGAAGAACAUGUAGAACAAAUAGACCAAUUAAAGCCCAGGAAGGAAGUGAAGGAAGAUAAGAAGCCAGAGAAACAAAUGGUUGGCAUUCUUGAAUUGUUUCGCUAUGCUGAUGGGGUGGAUAUCCUGUUGAUGAUAGUUGGUUUGGUUGCAGCGGCUGCAAAUGGCACUGGAAUGCCACUUAUGAUCAUUAUCUUUGGAGAGAUGACAAACAGCUUUGUGCUAAGUGGCAUGCAAUACAAUGAUACUUCAGUAAACAGUUCCAGCUGCCUGUCAGAUCCAGGUGUGGAUAUAGAAGGUGAAAUGACAAAGUUUGCUUACUACUAUGUGGGAAUUGGCUUUGCUGUGUUGAUCCUGAGCAUCAUCCAAGUGUGGACAUUUUUGGUUACUGCUACAAGGCAAACUGCAAGGAUCCGGCAGAAGUUCUUUUUCUCAGUGCUCCAUCAGGAGAUGGCUUGGUUUGAUACCACACAGAUAGGAACACUGAACACCAGACUGACAGAUGACAUCAACACCAUUCGUGAAGGCAUCGGAGACAAGAUCAGUAUAUUUCUGCAGUUUUUUUCCACAUUUGUGUCAGGGCUUAUUAUAGGAUUCAUCUAUGGGUGGAAGCUGACACUGGUGGUUAUGUCAGUCAGCCCACUACUUGCUGCAUCAGCAGCAGUCUGGUCAACUCUCCUGGCAUCGCUUACUGCUAAAGAGCUGUCUGCUUAUGCCAAAGCAGGAGCUGUGGCAGAAGAAAUUUUGACAGCAAUCAGGACUGUUGUGGCUUUCAAUGGACAGCAGAAGGCAUUAGAGAAAUAUGAUGCUAACUUGGAGAUGGCUAAACGUGUUGGAAUGAAAAAAUCCAUUACCACUAACACAUGCCUAGGUCUUUCACAAUUUUUUAUCUUUGGAUCCUAUGCCCUUGCAUUUUGGUAUGGGACCAAGCUCACUGCUGAGGAUCCACAUUAUGACAUUGGCCGUGUGUUAAUUGUGUUCUUCUCUGUGCUUGUUGGAGCUUUCUCCCUGGGCCAGGCAGCUCCUAACCUGGAGAGUAUGGCCAAUGCACGUGGGGCUGCCUAUGAAGUAUAUAAGAUUAUCAAUAAGAAGCGGCUCAUAGAUAGCAGUUCUAAGGAAGGUUACAAGCCAGACAAGAUCAUAGGAGAAAUUGAAUUCAGAAACAUUCAUUUCAGUUACCCUUCCAGACCUGAUGUUAAAAUCCUCAAAGGUCUAAACUUGAAAGUCCAGACUGGCAAGACCAUUGCUUUAGUUGGUGCCAGUGGCUGUGGAAAAAGCACUACUGUUCAGUUGCUGCAGAGAUUCUAUGAUCCUGACCAGGGAGAAAUUACCUUAGAUGGUCGGGAUAUUCGGACCCUUAAUACAAAGUGGCUACGAGAAAAUAUUGGCAUUGUGAGCCAAGAGCCUGUUUUGUUUGCAACCACAAUAGCUGAGAACAUUCGCUAUGGCAGAAAAGACAUUUCUGAUGCUGAAAUUGAGCAAGCAGCCAAGGAAGCCAAUGCUUUUGACUUUAUAUCUAGACUGCCUGAUAAAUUUAACACCAUGGUGGGUGAAAGAGGGGCUCAGCUGAGUGGAGGACAGAAGCAACGAAUAGCUAUUGCCCGUGCCCUUGCAAGAAAUCCCAAGAUUCUUCUUCUGGAUGAAGCUACAUCUGCAUUAGAUACUCAGAGUGAAUCCAUAGUACAAGCAGCUCUUGAUAAGGCUCGGGCAGGACGUACCACCAUUGUGAUUGCUCACAGACUGUCUACCAUCAGGACUGCUGACACUAUUGCUGGAUUUGAGAAAGGUGUCGUGGUUGAGCAAGGGACACACAGUGAACUGAUGCUGCAGAAAGGAGUCUACUAUUCCCUUGUAAUGCAGCAGGGUUGUACCAGUGAUGUUCAAGAUAAUGCCUCAUCAGAAGAUAGUGAAGGCACAGAAUCUGAAGAAUAUGAGGAAAACAUAAAUCCUGUGGAAAAGCUGACUCUUCAAAAUAAUUUUGAAACCCCUGUGCUACCAGGCAGCAUAAGAAGAAGAUCCAUCAGAUAUAAGAGCAAGAGGAGUUCAUCUAAAAAUCCCUUUGGGAAAAAGAAACAAAAGGAGGUGGAGGAAGAAAAUCUCCCUGCUGUGCCUUACUUAAAAAUCCUGGCUCUGAACAAACCUGAGUGGUUCUAUGUACUGCUGGGAGUGAUUGCUGCUGCUGUCAUAGGUGCAGUCCAUCCUGCAUUUGCUGUUAUAUUUGGAAAAAUCAUUGGGGCUUUUCAAGAAAGAGAUCCAGAAAAAAGGAGUAAAAACACUGUGUUGCUUUCUUUAAUAUUUCUUUUACUUGGAGUGAUUAUCUUAGCAGCGUACAUAAUCCAAGGAUUCAUGUUUGGGAAGUCUGGGGAGACCCUAACAAUGAGACUGCGCUCUUUGUCCUUCAGAGCAUUACUUCAGCAGGAGAUUGGAUGGUAUGAUGACCAGAAAAAUGCUGUUGGUGUUCUGCUAACUCGUCUUGCUACAGAUGCUUCCCAAGUUAAAGGCGCAACUGGAAGCCGACUUGCGCUGAUGACUAUGACUGUCUUUACCCUUGUGACUGCCAUCAUCAUUGCAUUUGUAUAUGGCUGGCAGCUAACUUUGCUUAUCCUGGCCUGCAUUCCUUUUAUUGUUGGUGCAAAUGCUGUGAAUGCCAGCUCUAUGUCUGGUCAUGCUGCAGAAGAUCAAAAAGCUUUGGAAGAGGCUGGAAGAAUUUCAACAGAAGCCGUUGAAAACAUAAGAACUGUAGCUUCACUGACCAAGGAAGAAGAAUUUUAUGAAAGAUAUGCUGCUUGUUUGAAUCAUACAUAUAGAAAAUCUCUGAGAAAAGCCCCUUUCUAUGGAUUUACCUAUGGAAUAGCUCAAUGUUCAGAGUACUUUAUUAAUGCAGCAGUCUUCAGAUUUGGAGCAUGGCUCAUUGUUAAUUGUCUGAGCAACUUUGAAAAUGUAUUUAUAGUCUUCUCUUCUGUCAUAUUUGCAGCUAUGAAUGUUGGUCAGUCUUCUUCCAUGGCACCAGACUAUGGCAAAGCUCGAACAUCAGCUCAAAGAAUUUUUCAUCUUUUGGAUAGAAAACCUGUAAUUGACAGUUACAGUGAACAAGGUGAAAAAUUGAGCCAUUUUGAAGGCAACAUUGAAUUCAGAAAUGUCCAUUUUGUAUACCCAACAAGGCCAGAAGUUCAGGUUUUGCAAGGACUCAGUGUGAAAGUUAAAAAGGGACAGACUCUGGCAUUAGUAGGAAGCAGCGGCUGUGGCAAAAGCACAUCCAUUCAGCUCUUGGAGAGAUUUUAUGACCCUGUGGAAGGACAAGUGCUAGCAGAUGGAUUUGAUACCAAAUCACUGCAUUUACAAUGGCUGAGGUCCAGGCUGGGCCUGGUGUCACAGGAGCCCAUUUUGUUUGACUGCAGCAUUGCUGAAAAUAUCCAAUAUGGAGACAACAGUAGGGUGGUUAGUCAGGAGGAAAUUGAAGAAGCAGCUAAAGCAGCAAAUAUUCAUGCCUUCAUUGAAAAACUGCCAGAGAAAUAUAAUACCCGGGUGGGUGAGAAAGGAGCACAACUUUCUGGAGGUCAAAAACAAAGAAUAGCAAUUGCCCGUGCUCUGGUUCGUAAUCCUGCUGUUCUUCUUCUGGAUGAAGCUACCUCUGCUCUUGACACGGAAAGUGAAAAGAUUGUCCAGAAAGCUCUGGAUAACGCCCGGCAAGGUCGGACCUGCAUCGUCAUUGCUCAUCGCCUGUCCACUGUGCAGACAGCCGACAUCAUCGCAGUGAUCCAGAAUGGAAGGGUGGUCGAGCAGGGCACCCACAGCCAGCUACUGGCCAAGGAAGGACACUACUAUGCCCUUGUAAAUGCACAAGUCUCUAAUUAGUACUACUUGCCGAGUUGUUGGGGUUUUUUAAUUUUGUUUUGGUUUUUUUAUGGGAAGACAUUAAAAUCUCUACAGAGGAUUAUUGUUGGCUGUGUUUGUGCUAACCAAGCAGGAGCCGUGUUGCAGCCUGGUUGCUGUAUCCACUGCAGCCCUUGGGGAUGUGCAGUGCAUGCCCGGUGCUGGGUCACAGGAGGUGCACAGAGGAGUCCUAGGGCCUGAACGUGUUGAGCAGUUUGGUGUGUCACAUGCUCUGGAGAGUGUCAGACCUGCUGUAGUCUCACCCACAGCUCAGGUGGGUACCCUG